AUGUUGGCGGCUGCAUCCAUCAUGCAGGAGCCUAGCUACAAGGCCCCAGAUCCCCUGCGCAGAGAUGAGGAUAUCUAUGGCAGACGUCAGAGCCUCCAAGUGGGACCAAAGACAUUCAAGGAAGCCGUGGAUCAAUUGUCCAUGAUCCAUGUGUCAGAGAUUCAAGAGGUGAAACUGCGCUUAGAUCACUUGCAAGCAGAGAACCGCUUGUUGCGGACGAAAAUUAGGGAGAAAGGGACGACAUCGCGAACCCAAGGCCGUCGCACGCAAAAGUCAAUGAUUCACACAGCGUCAUCCUUUGAUGGCUCAGAGUUUCCCGAGGAAGAGGAGGACUUGGCAGCACGAGCUCGCGUGAACACCACCGAGUCCGACGACGAGUCGCCCAAAUCACCCAAGGACGCGUUGAUUCCCACGGAAAGGUUGAUGGCCGACGAUAGUCAUGGCAACAACAUGACUCACGCGAAGACGGCCACAGAGAAUCCAGACGCAAAUUCUCGGAAAAGCAAUUUGAGAGCAACUCGAAUUGUGGGACAAGUAGAUAACGAGGUCGACAUGGGUGCGGGCGGUACACCAAAGACUUCUUUCUUCAUCAGAGAGAUUUGGAUGCGACACAGCAUGGGCGGCUCUGCGAGGUCGCAACAGCAGGUGGCUGCCCUGCAACGUUCGCAAACCUCGGACCGCUUGGAGCGAAGAUCCUCCAUGACAUCCGAAGAUGAUCAGGCGGAGAUGGUUGGCGCGAAGGAGGGCAUUUGGAAGCACAUCAUUGGAAGUCCCACGAGCCCCAAGCGAAUGUUAUGGGACGCGCUGGGUGGUGUCAUGAUCCUGUUGGAUAUUGUGGCCUUGCCAUUGAUGGUCUUCCAGGAAGUUGACGGACCAUUCAUGGACGCCUUGGGGAUUAUCGGUUUGCUGUACUGGACCACGAACGUGGUCAACACGCUCACCUGUGGCUACUUGCAGAAUGGAGUAACCGUGAUGAGCCCCUGGUUGAUCUUCAAGAGAUAUUUGUCGCGGACCAUCUUCAUCGAUUUGGUCACUUUGGUGCCCGACUGGGUGGUUACGAUGGUCUCUCUGCUUUCCACUGGCAAUGGUUUCCAAGAAGCAAGGUUGCUGAGGGCUCUACGUGCCUUCCGGUUAACCCGUCUGGUGCGAAUCGUGAAGCUGCGCUGGUUGAUGGAAGUGGUGCGGGAUUAUCUCGACUCUGAGUACGCCAGUAUCAUGUUUGAAAUUUCGAAGAUGAUGGGACUCCUGCUGGUCAUCAACCACGUGCUGGCCUGUGCGUGGUUUGGUUUCUCCCUCGUGAGUGUCGAGCUGGGUUGGAACACAUGGUCAGCAAACAAUCUCCUCUCCUAUGGCAUCGACAGCCUUGAAUACUCGUGGAUCUACGCAUACCUCACUUGCCUUCACUGGAGUUUGUGCCAAUUCACUCCAGCCUCAAUGGAAGUUCAGCCGGCCAACCCCUUGGAGCGGGGCUUUGCUGCGUUAACUGUGCUCUUCGCCCUCAUUGUAUUCUCCUACAUCGUCGGAAGCAUCACAGGAUCCCUGACCCAGCUUCGCAUGAUGUCCGAGACCAUCACCCGCGAGACCUUGAAGCUGCGGCGCUUCCUACGCCGCAAUGCGGUGCCCAUUGGCUUGUCCUUGCGAAUCCGCCGCUUUGUGGAGUUUGAACUCAAGCGGCGGCAGCAGCCUGUGAAUCAACAGAGCGUGGGUUGCCUUGCAGUGCUGUCAGAGCAACUGCAGACUGAGCUCAGUUUUGCCUUGGUUCAACCAACGCUCAAUACCCACGCCCUUUUCGAAGCCCUGGUGAAGAGCAAUGGUGGCAGCCUCUUGAUGGAAAAAGCCAGCCAGACCUUCGAGAAGAAAACUUUGGCACUGGAUGAUUGGGAAUUCUUGCCCUACACACCCGCCACGGCCAUGCGCUUCCUCCUCGCAGGGCAGCUGCGCUACGUGCGAACCAUUGACAAUGGCGACCUAGAUCCUUUCACGGAUGAAUCGAUCAUAGAUCCAGGCCGGCAGUGGAUUUCCGAAGCAGUGAUGUGGGUUGCCGACUGGGAGUAUGUGGGGGAACUGUCUGCCACCAUCGAAUCUCACUUGCUCCUGAUUUCUCCCAAGUGCAUCCUGUCCCUGAUUGAUGCGUACCCUAUAUGUCGCAAGAUGCUCAAAAACUAUGCCAACGAUUUCGUGAUGUGGGUGAGCAACCUGAGCCCCGAAGAGAUGACAAAUGUCUUGGAACCCAUCUUUGUGACGAUGCUGAUGAAGUCAGUGAACCGCGCCAAGACAGAGAAGCCCAAUGGUCAAUCCUCUGGAGGGAAUAUCCCCAGAGCCACGGUGUAG